CAGAUUAAAAAAAAAUAAUCUUAUUAUUAUUUUUAAUCUAAGUGUAAGCCUAAUCAAUUUAUUUUGGGUGUGAACCUAAGUUUAUUAUAAAGGUAUAUAAACAACAUCAAUUUAUUGGAUAGCAUAACUUUCGAAGUUACAUCAUAAUGAGUCGUUUAAUUAUCAUUGCUGUACUUGCUGCGUUUAUCUCCCUUAAUUUUGUUUACGGUAAAUCCGUCGCUAAUAAGGGACCUUCCUUCGAAAUUAAUGAUGGAAAUUGCUCCAAUGCAGUUACAGGCGAUCUAGUACAUAAAGAUCAUGUACAUAGAUAUCCAAUUCCGUUUGUUAAAAGAGAAGACACAUCUCACUGGGCAGGUAAUAAGAAGAUUUACUGCGUUUUGGCCCAUAGUACGCAAGCUCAAUCUGAAGGAUCCACCGUUCAAAUUACAGAUGGAGGAGUCGAUAACAAUUAUGUUACCUUGAAAAUAGAAUCCAAAAAAAGUCAUGGUUACGAAUAUAACAUUCAAGUAUUUGCAAAACACGAAAAUUAAAAUGCAUUAAAAAUAAUAUUGUUGUUCUUUUUGAAAUAAAAUUUUAUUAAUACAAACAAUAGUUUACAGUUUUUUUCGUAUUAGUCUUAGGUACAAUUUUAAAUAAGUACGCCCCAAAAAAUGGGCAUUUUUUUAAUAUUCUCUGUAAAGUAUAAAUACAAAAAUACAUUAUUAAAAAUCUUUAAGUACUCUAAAAAUCUUCAAGUACUCUAAAAAGAUUUCUAAUUCGAGAACAGUAUCUUCAGGUAAAUCAGUGCAAUGCACGGCAUUCUUAUAUUUAUCAACACCAAACAUAGCUCUUAAAGUAUUAGGCCGAAUCUGCUAAGCAAUGUCAGUGUCCAUAGGUCCGGUAAAAUUUCUAAUUUUUCCCGCUAUUUCUGACACCACGCAAGGUCCAUUAAGAUAACUUAACAUGAAAGCGUUGUAGUCGCUCACAACACCUUUAUAAACUUCUAAAAAUUCGUCAGCAUUGGCACUGGAUAAAUACACGAUAUGUGCACCUGUAAUUUUAAAGGGGGAGUUAGUUAUUGUGGUGAUUAUACCUUCUAGUUUUCCUUCUUGAAUAGCGUGAGGUUUAAUUAAACAACACGUAGUAUUUUCAAACUGCGCUAAUGAUUCCGGAGUGUUGUCUCUAUUUGAAAAAAUGAAUUCCAAUUCAGUAAAAGCAUCUUCAACAGUCAGUGAAUCGUGAAAACCGUUAGUAGCUUCGCUGUCUUUACCGCAUAUAGCUUUUAAGCUGUUGGGUGCAACUUUCUUUGUUUCUAGAGGAUGUGCUGGACCCAUUAAAUCCAUCCAUUUUUGUACAACGUUUUCACCUACCAAUUCUAAUACUAUAAUUGGUCAAGUUACUAUAAAUUCCAAUAUAGCUGGAAGGACUGGAUUACCUUUCAUAUUUGCAUGCAAAUCUAAUGCUUGCUUUCUGGUCAGUUCGCACCUUCUUAGUUUUGAUAUCAUUAUAUUGUGGUGUUCAAUAAUACUAAUAAUUUCGACCAUUUUAUCUACUAUAUUAGGUUUUAAUAUAGCACACGUUUUCUCUCUGAAUUUUCCAACAUAGUUUUGGGUACGACAAUCUAAAUAAUCGGUGAUUUUUAUUUGUCUGCCGUAUACUUUAAUUGUGUUACCGACGAACAUGUCUUCCAUAGUUAAUUCCUCCA